AUGAAUACAAGAAAACAUACAUUGGUUAAAAAGCAUUCACAAGUCACUGAUUCAGAUGAAUACUCUAAUAAAUUACAAAAUCUUUGUAAUGUGGUAAUAAAAGAGAAAACGUUGGAUGAACUUAAAGAAUGGAAAGCUAAUAUUUAUUCUACUAUUGAUAAAGUACUUGAAUUAAAACAGAAAGCUAUUGAAGUGAAUGAUAGUGAAACGAAACAUAAAAAACAAAAGAUAGAAGCAAAUGAAAGUAGUAGUGUGUAUCCUAAAAUACAUGGUCUCGAUUAUGAACUUUUUCAAUUGUCACCGGAAGGUUUAACAGACGAAUGUCAACGUAAAGCUCUUGAACAACUUGAAACAUAUUUGAAAAAACAACAACAAAAUUUUCUUGGUUAUCAGUUGAAUGAAAACGUUCAUUAUUCAAAAAAGCUUUCAUUCAUGCUCGACGUCCAGACGAAUAAUAUUGGUGAUCCAUUUGUAAGCGGAAAUUGUACAGUUAAUACUAAAAUCAUGGAACGAACUGUACUUGAUUAUUUUGCAAAUUUAUGGCAUGCACAAAUACCUAGUAAACAAUCCAAUCCAGAAUCGUACUGGGGUUAUGUAUUGAGUAUGGGAAGUACAGAAGGAAAUCUAUAUGCUCUUUAUAAUGCUCGAGAUUAUCUUAAAGGUAAAGCUUUAUUUAAAGAAAAUAAACACCUAUCAUAUAUAAGACCAGUGACAGAAACUGAAAAUCCACAUGCUUAUCAUCCUGUAGCAUUUUAUUCCGAUGAUACACAUUACUCAAUAACAAAAAUAGUUCGAGCACUUGAAAUUCAAACGUUUUAUGAAAUAGGUGAAAAAGAAUAUAAAGGUCAAUGUCCUAUUACAUCAGAUGGUACGUGGCCAAAAGAAGUUCCAUCCAAAAAUGGUAAUAAUGGACCAGGAUCGGUUGAUAUAGAUAAACUUAUACAAUUAGUUGAAUUUUUUGCUGCCACAGGUUCUCCACCAUUAAUUAUACUUAACGUUGGUACAACAUUCAAAGGUGCAUAUGAUGAUGUUGAAGAAAUUGGUAAUCGUUUAAUGCCUAUACUUAAACGUUACAAACUUGACGAGCGUAUAGUUAAUUAUGAUCCUGCAGAUCAAACUAAAUGUGAUACACGUACAGGCUAUUGGAUUCAUGUUGAUGGUGCAUUAGGUGCAUCAUAUUUACCAUUUAUUGAAAAAGCGUAUGAAACUGGUCGUAUGCAACAACGUGGUCCAAAAUUUGAUUUUAGUUUAAAAUUUGUUCAUUCAAUUGUCACUAGUGCACAUAAAUAUCCGGGUUGCCCGAUGCCUAGUGGCAUUUAUAUGACAAAACAUAAAUAUCAAAUUGCUCCACCUGAUGACCCUGAAUAUCUCGGUUCACCUGAUACAACAUUUGCUGGUUCACGUAAUGCUAUUUCUCCAGCUGCACUAUGGUGUUAUUACGCUAAUACUAGCGUUGAGAAAGAAAUAACCAAAGCUAUUGAAGUAGAAAAUAUAGCAAAAUAUGCCGAAGAAAAAUUAACAGAAUUAGAUCAGAAUGUCUAUCAUGGUCAACUAUGGGUAGGGCGUACACCACUAUCGCUUGCAUUAAGAUUUCGUAAACCAAAUGAUGAUAUUAUAUUUAAAUAUAGUUUAUCGGAAAUGUCGUUGGAGCUUGAUGGUGUAAAGACAGAGUAUGUUCAUAUGUUCGUUAUGCAAAGUGUAACAAAAGAGAAAAUUGAUGAACUUGUUCAUGAUUUAAAACAAAAGAAUGCAUUUGUGUUUAAACCUCUUCUGCCGGUUUCAACUAGAAAAGAAAAAUCAAAUGUUCAUCGUAUUGCACAUGUACCGAUCAAUAGUCGUGUUAUUCAGGCAACUAAUCUGGAAUUGUCUUUUAUCAAGACAUGCGGUAUUCAAUGGAUAAAUAUAGAAAAUCAGAAGAGUUCAAUGACUAUUUUUAUUUCGAAAUUAUUUUAUUUAAUGCAUUAG